AUGCGUAAGCCUCGCUAUGCUAUCGGAACAACCUCAUCUUCCUCCUUCGAGGCUGCUGCCCGCGAGUGGAAUGCCUCUUCCGAUGUCCUCAAGUUCCCCUCCAAGCGUCCUACUGGCCCUGCCAUCUCUGAGGCUAUACCAAGACAGCGUCGCAUGUAUCGUGUCGGAAAAGCAUACGAGCCCUUGGCCAGCUCUCGAAAUCUGUCCAAUCUCUCUGACCGUCUUGCCCAAGGCCUCAUCACACCGACCAUGUCGCCGGCCCCUACUGCGCGAAAAGGUUCCAAUGCCGAAAGUGAAUCUGUAGAUUCUGUUAAUGCACCUUCCACCGUCUGGGACGAACUCGACGAUCUCAAAUCUCGUAUUCGUAGUCUCGAGAUUGGCGGCAAGCCUUCACCUUCCAGUGCAAAUGCUACGAAUCAGUCCUUCGAACGUCCUCGCACAGCAACCACCGCGCCGACUACCAUCUCUUCCUCACCGAAGCAUGCGCGAAAACAGAGCAGCGUGCCGGCUGAUGUCAACACCUCUGGUCCAUCUACAGCUAAUCUGCAUCCUCUGCUACACAGUGCUCUCGGAAAGGCCAAAAACGUGGUCAGCCCACAACUUUAUCGUUCUCUCGAGGCAACCGCUUCUGACGCCUUGGCACUGGCUGCCAUGACGGGUAGUGGCGGGCCUCAAGGCACUGCUUUUACGGCUGCAUCCAUGGUCAAUGGAGCUGCCGUCUCCGAUAGACACAUAAGGAGAAAAGCCGACAGUAUGUGCAGAAAUCUCACUGAUCUUUGUAUUGCGCUCUGCGAGGGCAAAUCAGAUCUUGCAAGCCCUACUGUCAAGCCCUCCCCCUCUAUCAAACCUCACACGCAAGCUGAAACGCCAUCGUCGCGUUAUGCUCGUAGAUCGAGCCUCGGCCUGCAGGAUCUUCAACUCAGAAUUGAGCCGCCUAGAUCUGUGAGCCGUCUCGAUAGCCGGAGAAGUAGUUUACUGGGCUUGGGCUUGGGAAACAACAUUACCAAUAGUCCGCUUGAAGCAAACGACCAGUACCUCAGUCAGGAACUGUCACCUGGUCAUGAUCAGACUGAUUAUGCCGCCCGCUAUAAUCGUCCGGGAACCAGUAUGCGAAGGUACUCUAAAGCCGAGGACGAUGCUGCUCAAGAGCUGCCCUCGCGAGCUCCAUCUCGUGCCAUGACGGAAAGUGGUCACAUGAGACAAUCCUCGACACGCAGGACAGAUUACGCUGGCGGUGUGCAGCACUCUCCCAGCUUGCGAGAGACUUUGGCAGCUCGACGCGCUAAUGCAGUCGUACCGGGAGAAGGCAAUCAGUAUGCGACUUCUUCUCAUUCAGAGGCAGCGCGACGUAUUUUGGAGCGCCGUGCUGCCGUUCAACUUGAAGAGAGCCAGUAUGUGCCUAAGAGGCGCCGCAUCGCAAGUUUGACACAGUACUCACCAUUGAGCCCCCGAAUUGGAAGCGAGCCAGUCCGUACAAGCAGUCUCUCGAGGAGACGCAACCUGAUCGUGGAAUAA